CAAAGCACACAACCUCACAGUCAGAGAGGAAGAAAAUAAUGUAAUGCUAGUAAAAGAAGAGAGAGAAAAAGGGGACGAGAAUCUAGAGAGAGACUUGUAGAGAGAGAAAGAGUAAAUUCUAGAGAGAGAAAGAGUACCUUUGUCGAUGGGGCAGAUCGUGAAGACGAAGAAGAAAGGACGUCCAUCUAAAGCAGAUCUAGCAGCUCGCCGUAACAACGCCGCCGUUGAGCUGCCGGAAACUGCGCAGGAAAGAGAACUCCGGCGAAGUGGACGGCGUCGGAAUGUACGGUACGCGUUUGACAUCGAUGAUUACUUGGACGACGACGAGUAUUUCAUCGAGGACAUCGAUGGAGAUGAGAGACGAAGAGAGAAGAAGCUGAAACUGUUGCUUAAGUUGCAGAGCGAUGAAGCCGGCGGCGGCGGCGGAGGCGCUGAGUCAACUCCACGUCGGCAACGACCUGCCACGUCAGCUUCAUCGGAUGAUGAAGAGAGGAAGCCGUCUAAGAAGAGAAAAAUUAACAACAACGACGACGAGAGAGAUGAAGAGGAAGAAGAAAAUGAUGAGGAAAUUGAAAAUGGAAAUGGAAAUGAAAUUGAAAAUGAAAAUGAUGAUGAUGAGGUAUGUGUAGGAAGGAAUGAAGAAUCAAAAGGUGUAGACUCUGCUCCAGGGACACCAUCGGAACCACAUUCUGGAAUCCCGUUGCGAGACAAGAAGACAUUGGAAUUGAUUCUCGACAAGUUACAGAAGAAAGAUAUAUACGGUGUUUAUGCGGAACCUGUUGAUCCUGAAGAGCUUCCUGAUUACCAUGAGGUGAUUGAGCAUCCCAUGGACUUUGCCACCGUCAGGAACAAGUUGGGAAAUGGAUCAUACACCACUUUGGAGCAAUUUGAGAGCGAUAUUUUCCUCCUUUGCUCAAACGCAAUGCAGUACAAUUCAUCAGAUACUAUCUACCAUAAACAGGCACGUAACAUCCAAGAGUUGGCUACAAAGAAAUUUGAGAAGCUAAGAAUCAACUAUGACCGUUCUGAGAAGGAUGUGAAGGUAGAACAGAAGACAAAAUACGGGUCUGUUGUCAGGAAGCAAAUAAAGAAGCCGAUUGUCCAGAUGUUCCAGGAAACUGUUGGCUCUGAUUUCUCGUCAGGUGCCACUCUUGCCGCUGCUGGAGAUAACCACUUUCUGAACAACACUUCCCUUGCUGGAGUAUCAGAGAAACCUUAUGGUGUUGAUGGGCUUGCUGAAGGAAAUUCUUCACUCAAUGAUCAAAAUGUGGAGAAGGCAGAAGAAUCACUAUCAGUGAAGGGUCCCCUAUCCAGAUUUGGAAGGAAAUCAACUGUGCCUGAUGAGAAUCGUCGUGCAAGUUACAACAUAGCCACACAACCAGUUAGCAACACCGAGUCCAUAUUUUCAACGUUUGAAGAUGAAAGCAAGCACUUGGUUACUGUUGGUCUUUAUUCUGAUCAUGGAUAUGCUAGGAGCCUUGCCCGAUUUGCUGCAACUCUCGGGCCUGUUGCAUGGCGAGUUGCAUCCCAGAAAAUUGAACAGGCAUUACCUCCUGGGUUCAAGUUUGGUCGUGGGUGGGUUGGGGAAUAUGAGCCACUUCCAACCCCAGUAUUGGUGCUUGAGAACCAUACCGUGAAGGAACCUCCAUUCUUUUCCAAGUCUGUACACAAGUUUGGAGCUCAAAAGAAUGAGAAAACAUCUGAGGACACAAUUGCUGCAAAAGAUAAACCUCUUUCAAGGCCUAUGCUAGAAGGAAAAUCACCAUAUCUUGGUUCAACUAGCGGUAAGCCCACAGAGAGCGGUCUGAAUAUCUUAAUUCCCUCAAAGGAGCAAUCUCCCAGGGAGGUUAAUCUAGAAGGCAGACCAUCUUUUCUUUCUUCUUCUGGAAAGAAACCUCCUAUUUGUGCUAGCCCCAGAUACCAGCAGCCAGAUUUGCAAUCCAGGAAUUUCACUGAACCUGAUAAAAAGAUGCAUUUCAAAACUGAACCUGAUAAAAGGAACAAUUUCAAAACUGAACCUAAUAAAAACCUGCAGAAGCAGGUUGAGUUAAACUGCCCACCCUCAGCCAAUCAAAGGAAUUCUGAGAUUAUCAGAAAGAGUCACGUUACUAGUACUUCUGAAAUACCUGGAUCGAGGUCUACUGGGGCAAGUCCGAGGAACCCAUUCUCGGCUGGGUCUGGGUCUUUUAAGCAACCGGUCAUGAAUGGAAAUGCUGUUGGAGGACUGCCCAAUGGGAGAUCUGUGAAUAACAACUCGGACACUACAUCAGUGGCGCAUUUAACUGCUGAUAGCGUUCCAACUGUGAGAAAAGCAGCGGGUUUCUUUCACCGAGAACAGGAGCAGGGCCUCAGUGACCCUGUACAGUUGAUGAGAAUGUUGGCCGGAAAGGCUCAAAAUCAGCAGAACUCUUUGAGCCAGUCACAAACUGAUGCUUCUCCAAUUUCCCCUGUGACUCCAUCUUCGAGGAAAGAUGAUUCAGGGAAUGCCGCUGCCGCUGCUGCCCGAGCAUGGAUGUCAGUUGGGGCAGCGGGAGGUUUCAGACAAGGUGUGGAAACAACAAGCAUGCAGAAUAGUCAUAUUUCUGCUGAUUCGUUGUAUAACUCUUCUCGCCAUGUCCAGCAACAAGCUUCACGAGUUCGGAGUGAACUUCCUGCAUCGGCAAUGCACUUUCAGGCUGAGAAGAACAGUACUCCGCUUCAUGCUUUCGUGCCUCAUCCUGCGAGAGUGGGCAGCGAAGCUCAAUUCCAGAAUCAGCCAAUGAUUUUCCGUCAAUCAGUACCUGCUGACUUGUCUAGAUUCCAGGUACAAUCUCCUUGGCAGAGUUUUAAUCAACCAGCACAGCCAAGACAGAAGCAGGAUUCCCUUCCUCCUGACUUAAACAUUAGUUUUCAGUCAUCUGGGUCUCCUGGCCGGCCAUCUUCGACUGUUUUGGUUGAUUCUCAGCAGCCAGACCUUGCCUUGCAAUUAUGAGACCAGGCAAUUUACGAUAAAAUAUUUGAAGAGGUCUGAACCACAAGAGCCUUCGGAUCUUCUGGCUGGCAUGUCUGAAUCUUGUUUUUGGGCACCACUGCUUCAGCAAACCACUAGCAUCUGCCUGUAAUUGCUGAAGGCUUUGAUAUCGGGUCUCAUUUCAUGGGACGUUAAGGCUAGCAACUAGACAAUUGGAGUCAGCUGCUUCAUUUUUAUGGAUGUUCCGAGGUAUUUAUUGUGUUCAAUGGUGGGAAAAGGCAAUAGAUCUAGUUCAGGUUUAGGAUAGGCAGCAGGAACAACAGGAGGACCACUGUCCAGGUCACAAGUCGGUGUGUCGUGUGGUUUCUUGACAAUCACUGACUUGGACAUUGUGAUUUAGAUAGCUGAAGACGGGAAGCCUGUUAAGUUAAUAAUAGUUUGUUCGAGGGCUCGCUAUAUGGUGAUUUACUGAUAGAAAUGCUUUAAUUCAUUGUACAUUGAAGCAAGGUGGGACUAGUCUUUGGAGUUUUUUGUUAUUUUACUUCAAUCAUUGUAGUUCUACCUCAUUUUCCUCCUUAGAUCUGCGGGUUUUCAUCUACAUGUAAUGGCGUAAUAUUUAGAGAAAUGCAAAAGAAUUGAUAUUCUUUUUU